AGGUGGUGAGCUCUUUGAUUUUCUGGCUGAAAAGGAGUCUCUGUCAGAAGAGGAGGCCACUGAGUUUCUUAAACAAAUUCUGAAUGGUGUCCAUUACCUCCACUCCAAGCAAAUUGCCCACUUUGAUCUGAAGCCCGAAAACAUAAUGCUGCUGGAUAGAAAUGUCCAAAAUCCACGGAUCAAACUCAUUGACUUUGGACUGGCUCAUCAGAUUGAUUUUGGGAAUGAGUUUAAAAACAUCUUUGGAACACCAGAAUUUGUAGCUCCAGAAAUAGUAAAUUAUGAACCCCUGGGUCUAGCAGCAGAUAUGUGGAGCAUCGGUGUUAUAACAUACAUUCUGUUAAGUGGUGCAUCACCAUUUCUUGGGGAGUCUAAACAGGAAACAUUAGCAAACAUAUCAGCUGUGAAUUACGAUUUUGAAGAUGAUUUCUUCAGCAGCACCAGUGAACUAGCCAAAGACUUCAUUAGAAGGCUUCUUGUCAAGGACCCAAAGAGACGGAUGACAAUUAAUGACAGUCUUCAACACCCUUGGAUAAAGCCAAAAGAUAACUUACAAGCACUGAGUAGAAAAGCAUCUGCAGUAAACAUGGAAAAAUUCAAAAAGUUUGCAGCCCGCAGGAAAUGGAAACAAUCUGUGCGUUUAAUAUCUCUGUGCCAAAGGCUUUCCAGAUCUUUCCUUUCUCGAAGCAAUAUGAGUGUUGCGCGGAGCGAUGAUACUCUGGAUGAAGAAGAUUCAUUUGUCAUGAAAGCAAUUAUUCAUGCUAUCAAUGAUGACAAUGUUCCAGGCCUACAGCAUCUUCUAGGAUCUCUGACCAACUAUGAUGUCAACCAGCCCAACAAGCAAGGAACCCCUCCUUUGUUGAUAGCUGCUGGGUGCGGAAACAAUCAAAUGCUAGAGCUGUUGUUGAGUAAGGGAGCACAGAUUGAUGUGCAGGACAAGUCUGGCUCAAAUGCUGUUUACUGGGCUUCACGACAUGGACAUGUAGAAACACUGAAGUUCCUUAAUACAAAGAAAUGCCCUUUAAAUGUUAAAGACAAGUCUGGGGAAACAGCACUUCAUGUAGCAGCAAGAUACGGAAAUGUUGAUGUGAUACAGUACCUCUGUUAUAUUGGUGCUGAUGCAAACGUACAGGAUAGGGAAGAAGAAACCCCUCUUCACUGUGCUGCCUGGCAUGGUUACUUCCCUGUUGCAAAAGCACUUUGUGAAGCUAAUUGUAAUGUGAAUAUCAGGAAUAAAGAAGGAGAGUCUCCACUUCUGACUGCUUCAGCUAGAGGUUACCAAGACAUUGUGGAGUGCCUAGUAGAACACGGUGCUGAUCUUGAUGCGACAGACAAGGAUGGCCAUAUUGCCUUGCAUCUUGCUGUAAGAAGGUGUCAGAUGGAAGUAGUCAAAUACCUCCUGAGUCAAGGAUGCUUUGUAGACUUCCAGGAUCGUCAUGGAAACACCUCACUGCAUAUUGCUUGCAAAGAUGGAGUCAUGGGUAUUGUGAUGGCCCUCUGUGAUGCAAACUGCAACUUAGAUGCAGCCAAUAAGUAUGGACGGACACCUUUACAUGUGGCAGCAAAUAAUGGACUUACUGACGUUGUACGUUAUCUGUGCCUUGCUGGUGCUAAUGUGGAAUCUUUGACUGCUGAUGGGAAGACUGCAGAAGAUCUUGCAAGGGCUGAACAACAUGAGCAUGUGGCCAGCUUACUGUCAAGGCUCAGAAAAGAUGCUCAUAGAGGCAUUUUCAUUCAGCAACUGCGGCCAGCCCAAAAUGCACAACCUAGAAUAAAGCUUAAACUGUUUGGGCACUGUGGAUCAGGAAAAUCAGCACUUGUUGAGUCUCUCAAAUGUGGUCUUUUGAGAAGUUUCUUCCGAAGACGCCGACCUCGGCUUUCCUCUACCAACUCAUCCUGGUUUCCAUCUUCACCUAUAAACUCUAAGCCAACAACAUCAGUCAGCAUUUCAAACCUGUAUGCCGGCUGUGAGAAUGUCAGUGUUCGAAGUCGUAGUAUGGUAUUUGAACCUGGCCUAACCAAAGGUGUAUUGGAAGUGUUUGUUACCCCUUCACAUGCAUCUCAUUCUAACCCUGAUGAUCAGUCAACCAAAGCAAUCGAUAUUCAGCAUGCUAACCUGAACAGCAUUGGCGAUUUCAGUGUGUGGGAGUUCUCUGGAAAUCCUGUCUACUACUGCUGCUAUGAUUACUUUGCUGCCAAUGACCCCACAGCAAUUCAUGCUGUCCUCUUCAGUUUAGAAGAACCAUAUGAAACUCAGUUAAAUCAAGUAACUUUCUGGCUCAAUUUCCUAAAAUCCCUUAUCCCAGUUGAGGAACCCAUAGCAUUUGGAGGAAAGCUGAAGAAUCCACUGCAGGUUGUGCUCAUAGCAACUCAUGCAGACAUUGUCAACUUACCUCGUUCAUUUGGAGGAGAAUUUGGCUACGACAAGGAUAUGUCACUGUUAAAGGAGAUCAGAAGCAGGUUUGGAAAUGACUUGCACAUUUCUGAUAAGCUGUUUGUCAUAGAUGCCGGAGCAUCUGGAUCCAAAGAUAUGAAAAUGCUUCGAAACCAUCUCCAAGAAUUAAGGAACCAGAUCAUCUCAAGUUGCCCACCAAUGGUACCUCUGUGUGAGAAAAUCAUUUCUACUUUACCAUCCUGGAGAAAAAUAAAUGGGCCCAAUCAGCUAAUGUCACUGCAGCAGUUUGUUUUUGAUGUUCAAGAGCAAAUCAAUCCAUUAGCUAGUGAGGAGGAUCUAAGAGAAAUUGCACACCAGCUGCAUAGCAUGGGAGAGAUAAAUAUACUGCAGAGUGAGACUGUGCAAGAUGUUUUACUGUUGGAACCCAGGUGGCUGUGCUCAAGUGUUCUUGGAAAGCUAUUGUCCAUAGAAAAUCCUAAAGCAUUACACCACUACAGAGGUCGCUACACAAUUGAAGAUGUACAGCGGCUUGUAUCAGACAGUGAUGUAGAAGAACUGGUACAGGUUUUGGAUGCAAUGGACAUCUGUGCCAGAGAUCUGAUUGCAGGGACAAUGGUAGACAUUCCUGCAUUAAUCAAAGCAGACAAUCUUCAUAGAUCUUGGACAGAUGAAGAGGAAGAAAUGUUGAUUUAUGGAGGUGUUAGAAUUGUUCCUGUGGAACACCUUACCCCAUUUCCUUGCGGGAUUUUUCAUAAAGUCCAAGUUAACCUGUGUAGAUGGAUUCAUCAGCAAACUCCAGAGGGAGAAUCAGAUUUGAGGUUAUGGAUGAAUGGUGGAAAAGUCACCAGCAUGGGUUCAGAGGCUUUAGUGUUGCUGGUCAACAAUGGUCAGGGAAUUGAAGUCCAAGUAAGAGGACUGGAAACUGAAAAGAUUAAGUGUUGUGUGCUGAUUGAUUCAAUAUGCAGUGUCAUUGAUAACUUAAUGGCAGCUGUCUUGCCUGGUCUUCUGACUGUGAAACAUUACCUAAGUCCUCAGCAGCUCCGAGAACACCAUGAGCCGGUAAUGAUCUACCAUCCUAGGGACUUCUUCAGGGCACAAGCACAAAAGGAAGCUGCUCUGACCAACACAAUGGCAGGGUACAAGGAGAGCUUCAGCAGCAUUCUCUGUUUUGGUUCUCUAGAUGUGUAUUCACAAGGAAGCCUAGGCAUGGAUAUUCAUGCAUCAGAACUGUGUCUGCUUGCAAGAAGGAAACUUAGUCGCCUUCUUGACCCUCAAGAACCAAUGGGGAAAGAUUGGUGCCUUUUGGCUAUGAAUUUGGGUCUCACUGAUUUUGUUGCAAAGCACAACACCAACAAUGGAACUCAUAAUGACACCAAACAAUUCCCAAGUCCAACUAAUGCUCUGUUAUUGGAAUGGAUCAAGUCCCCAGAAAGUAAUGUUGGAGUUUUAAUAGUCCGUUUGAGGGAACUAGGUCGCAGGGAUGCGGCAGACUUUCUUUUGAAAGCAUCUCCUGUUUUUAAAGUCAACUUAGAUGUCAUUAGUCAGGAUAGGCAUGUGACAGACUGCAAUGGAGGAACAUCUUUUAAUUCAAUCAGUUCAGUUGUGUCAAGGUGAGCAAUCUGGAAAAUGUAUGCAAGGCACAACCAGUAAGAAACCGCUUUGAUUGCAGAAUUUCACCGAAGACAGACUAUGUUAGGUUUAUAUGCAUUUAUUUUUUUAUAUUUCUACAUGGCAAAGCUGUUCGUUUUUAACAUUUUAAAUUAUGUCUUAAAUGUGAAUAUAAGCAGUAUGUUUCAAUGAUGAGUGGCUGUAAAGUUAUUGAAGUACUGGCUGCAGCCCAUCUCAGCAGUCACAUUCCACUUUUUAUGUGUGGUUUUCUUUUCUAAUGUGGUUAUUAAGAUGCAUGUGCACAUAUUAUAGAACAUAACAUUUUUUUGUGAAACAAAAUGGGGUAUCUAGCCUACUCCAUUCAUCUUCUGAAUAUUUUUAUUCAGUUUAAAAGUGUUACAUAAGCCAAUUGAAAUAAACUACAUAUUUAGCAUAUAAUGCUGCACUACCAGUGAAAAAUGGUUGUGAGUGCCUUUGCAGAAGAGGUGGUGUUGAAUUCAGCUUACAUGUUUAAAAUUAUGGUUAACAUAUUCCUCUACCUCUGGAGCAAUGGAGCUGAGUUAAUGAGUGUUGUAAUUUCUUGAACUGCAUCAUAUAGUGCAAAUUUAAACCGUGUUUGCUUUAUAUUUGUACAAAAUUAUGUAAUUGUCCAACAAAAUGAAAUUUCCACUAGUGUUUAUUACCAGAAAGUGCAUUCUGGCAAUAUUUUUGUACACAAAAUUAGAUUUGCUAAUGAAAAUGUUUCUUUUUUAAGUAUAGUGGUGACAUGUUUUCUUUAUAACCUGGCACAUCAUUAGUUGUAUUUCAGUUCAGCAAUUGCAAGAAGACUCCAGUCAUUACCUCAGUGGAUCUGAAACCUCUUCUGUCAAGCUGCAUGAUUAACACCAUCAUAAAGAAGAGAUCGGUAAUGCUGAAUUUUGGAUUUUCAUAGAGCAAAGGUGGCUGGCCAUCUUUAGUCAAAUAAGGAUCUGUGCAUCUUAUGUACAUACUGAACAUCUUAGAGUUUUUUGUUUGGUUUCUUAUUCAGUCAGUUAACAACUUUAGACACACCUUUGAGAACCCCUUUGUGUUAUCCUACUAAAUCACAUCAUGAAUAGUAAAUAAUAAAAUGGCCUGUGAAGUCAAAAAUGUAACCGAAUCUCUUUGAUUAUUUCUAGAUUUGAAAGGUUUCCUGCCUACUAAAGGGAAGUAUUGGAUUACUUUGCUCUUUAAAGUUGGAAUUGACCAAUUCUCAGACAGAUUUGCCAAUAAAUGACUGUUAAAUAUUUAUUUUUCAGCAGUCAGUGCAAGUUUUCUGAUUGAUCUAAGCCCAUUCUAAGAAAAAAAGAAAAGAAAAAGUAACUAAAAAACGGUGGCACAAGCAUAUGUUGUAUGUAUUAUCACUUCUGAAUUUUGACCUCUUUAUUAAACCCAUAAAAAACAAAUCCAGACCAUUCUGUAUUUGAUCGCUUCAUGUUAUUAGCCACUUGAAGGAUAGCAUUUACAUUGAAAUGAUGAGUAGAAGGAAUCGUAGGUCAAUCAGAUGAAAGCUACUUUAAAAAGAAUGUAAUGUACUGCACUUUAUUAUAAGCAUGAAACUUGUGAAUUUGCUGACUAGGAUCUGCCUUAUACUCCUUGAACAUUCCUUAGUACAGGCUUCCAUUCCCCUUCAGUUUUUAUGAGUGUACCGAAAUGUGCAAAAUUAAAUGCUGCAGAGCCAUAAGAGGUAAGCUUUUCAAAACAUGCAGUUGCCCCAUAGUCUCAGGUGAGCUGCAAUUGUGGCACACCCUGGCUUAUGGCACUGUGAACAGGAACAUCAUUCCCUCACAGCACUUGAAGCAGCUUAGAGCACCAUUUUAUUGUCUAGCUUGCUGCAGUCCUGGAGCCUGCAUUUAUGGAACUGGCACUGCAGAUAUUGUCUCACAUUUUCAUAGGUCCAGUAAAAGUAUUGCAGCUAAGUCAGCUCCAGCUACUGAUGAUCAGGGACAUUUUGAGCAGAUACCCAGUAAUCCAGCAGAGAUUUCAGUAAGUGUUUUAGCUCAGUGUUUGCCGGAUGCCACCAUUCAAAAUGCCAGCCCAUGGCUGCUUUAUUUUGUAUAAAACAUUCAUUUUUCUCUCGCUGCUUGUUUGAUAUUCUAGGUGGUACUUUGUCAUUAUGGAGAUGUCUUUUCCUCUAGUCUUAUUUUGCAAAACAUUUUAAAUUUGCUACCAAACUAUUUAAUAAUUUUUGAGCUUUUUAAAAUAAUUUUCAAAAAAAAUAAAAUGUAUUAAAAUUGAGAACCACAUUGCCUCACUAUUUUAAAGUCAUAUACAAUAUGCUUGCAUUUGUAAAACAGUAUAAAUGUUUUCUUUUAAUUCACUUGCAGAAUUUGAUAAACAAAAUGGUAUAAAUGAUUGCCAUCCUUGCUUUUUUUCCUGCUACGUAGCUUCCUUUAUCAAGUGGUCAGAUUUUAUCACUCUCUUGCUGUUUCAGAAGUUAAAAAGGGAGCAAGGUUACUUGCAUUAAUUAAAAUUGUAUGCUAAAAGUUUUAUGAUGGGGAAUAUCCCUUUUGUAUUUAUAUUUCUUGUUCUAUGAGCAUGUUAUUUGAAUGGUUCAUAUAUAAAUACUGGUAAAAACUUUCUCAAAUUUUAUGUGUAGUAAAGUCAACUUUUUAAAUAAA